AUAGACUGGUGAGCUCUUUGGAAGCAAUGGACGAUGCCAAUCUCAAUAUGGAUUAUAUAGAAGGCAAACUUUUACAAGAAUUUCAAAGAAGGCAAGAAAUGACAAAGCAGGAAAAGACUGAGUCUAAACACAACGUGGAAAAGCAGAACAACAAAGCAGCACAAGAGAGACUGUAUGGACAAAAGGCAUGUUAUUUUUGUGGUUCCAAGCAACAUCUUCAAAGGAAUUGUGAAGCAAGAAGAAGAGAAAGAGGAAGAAAACCAUGUGUACAGGUGAUCUAUGCUAGUAAGAAUAAGCAAUGUAUUAACAAUGAGCAGGGAAAUAACUGUAAAGAUUUAUGGGCAAUUGACAGUGGGGCAACAAAUAGUAUAAUCAAAGAUAAAUCCCUGUUUCAUACAUUUUGUGACGUAGAGGAUCAUGUAAUAAUGGCUGAUGGGACUAAGAAACUUAUCAAAAGUAGGGGUACAGUGAAAUUAGCAGGUUUCAAUACCAUUAUGACAGAUGUGCUGUUUGUUCCUGAUAUCGAAUGUAACAUCAUGGCUGUUUCGAAACUCAAUGAAAUGGGGUUCACAGUAAUGUUCAAAAGGGGUUCAGUGCAUGUAAUGAGAGGAGAAAAAAUAUUCAUGAAAGGGUUAGUAAAGAAGUCACUGUUCUAUAUGCAGCUGAGAGUCCUCAGUACAGACACAGACAGGACACAUAGAGGUUCAAUAGGGAUUAACCUAACGCAGUCAGUGAAAGCACAGACGCCAGUGAUUGAUGCUGAUGUCGUGGCUAAUAAAACAGAGCAGGAAAAAGAACCCUCAAGCCUCGGGGAUAUAAAACAAUUACCCAUAGCCGAACAGAAUGAAUGGCAUGCAGCGAUGAAAGAGGAGCUGGAAGCAAUGCGAAAAAAUGGCACAUGGACGCUAGUACCUCUGCCCCCAGGGAAAAAAGCUAUAGGGUGUAAGUGGAUAUUUAAACGUAAGCGGUCGAGUACAGGACAGAUACAAAGGUAUAGGGCACGCCUAGUAGCUAAGGGCUUUACACAGCAAUUCGGGACGGACUACGAUACAGUUUUCGCUCCCGUGGUGAAACAUGAGUCAAUCAGGGUUUUGCUAAAAAUAGCUGCCAUAGAAAACAUGCAUGUAAGCCACUAUGACAUUGGCACGGCGUUUUUACAUGGGGAGUUGAAAGAAGAAAUCUAUAUGGAACAGCCUCCCGGAUGUGAAACACAGCCAGGUCUAGUUUGCAAGUUACAGAAAUCCCUGUAUGGUCUGCGCCAGAGUGCGCGCUGUUCGAACGAAAAACUAGAUGAUGUUCUGCAGUCAAUGAAUUUCAAGCGUUGUGUGGCAGACCCCUGUGUGUAUGUGAAAGAAACAAAGGGGGGGCUCACAUACUGCCUAGUUUAUGUGGAUGAC